AUGAAUUUAUUGAACAUCGUUAAACAUCUUCUUGAUUUGGCUCAAACUGGAUUUGGAUAUGGAAAUUCUGCAAUGACUACUGAUGAAAUUUUUAUUGCAGAACGAUUAUUCGAAGUUUUGAAGUCAUUUAAAGAUAGCUACUUCAGUGAGCUGUACAGUUAUGAUUCGCUCGAAUUCGAAGAUGAAUAUGAUGAAACGGCUGAAGAAGAAGAAGACAGCAAUGAUGAAACAACUGAAGAAGAAGACAGCAGUGAUGAAACGAUUGUUGAAGCAAAGAGCGACGAUGAAAUGGAUGAUCACAAUGAAAAUGAACAUUCUGAUCUGAGAAAUCGUUUUACAUUAGAUGAAAUGGAAAAAAUAAUCGAAUGGGUCGAUCAACAUCCAAAUGCUAGAUUUGCAACUAUUUCCCAUCAUGCCCAAAAUUGGAUUGAAAGUAAAAGAACUAUAAUAUCAAAGUAUACUAAUCAUCAAAUUUUAAACAGUGAUCACUGUUCAUUUCAACAAGAAUAUGUCUCACCAAGAACUCUUUCUUUUAGUGGUGAACGAACAACAGAAGUGGUUGUUAAAAAGAAACAUCACUUAACACACUCUUAUACAGUACAGCCUGCCACAUCAGCUGAUGGCCGUUUAUUAGGUAAAUUCUUUCUCAUCCUUCAAGAGAAAGGAAAUGAAUUCGGUAAAAGAGUGCAAAAAGAUUUAAUUGUACCACCAAAUGUUGUAGUAAGAGCUUCAAAAUCAGGAAAAAGCAGUGGUGAAAAACAUCACACUUUUUUAAAUGAAGUUCUGCGUCCUUUGGUUGGUAAUAAAUUUCUUCUUUUUCUUGAUUCUUGGAAAACUCAAACUGAUCUAACAAAAUUUAGAGCAGUAUUUCCUAAUCAAGACAGUCAAUUAUUGAUUUUUCCUAAAGGAUCAACCGAUUAUAUUCAACCACAAGAUCUUUCUUUAUUUCGCUCAUGGCGAUUUAUUCAUGAAAAAAUUGAGCAUUAUGUUCAUAUCAAUCAAACAGAAAUGACUAUAAGUGAUCGUCAAUAUUUCAUCAACAUUCAUUCUAUUAUUCACAAUCAAUUAUCAGCUCCACAAUUUAAAAAUCUCAUUAAGAAUGGAUUUAUACAAGCUCGAAUAACAAAUGAAAGAAUUGGACAAAUUGAAAAACCAAAAGACGUGUGCUUCAAAUUUUAA